AUGGCUUCUGAAAAGAUCGAAGCUGGCGCCGCGCCAGACGAUCACGACAGCAUCUCGCAGCUGUCCUCGUUGUCGCCUACUACCGAACAAGGGCAACACCACAGGGGGGCGAAUGUCGAGCGAUCGAGCGACGAUGAGGACUACUUUGGCACCUUUGAGCCUGUCCGCCCGGGCGAUCGUGAGGAGCUGACCCGAAUCGCUUCUUCGAUGUCGUCUCGACGCCCCAGUACUUUUGAUCGCCGCGAUAGUGGUAUCGUGCGCAUGGACACCGUCGAUGAACUCGCUCUGGAAGAUCCUCGCCUCGAGGUCACCAACACCAAGUUCGAUCCCUAUCUGUGGGCUCGAAAAAGACUACGCAUGCUGCAACAGGAAGGUGUUCGUCCACAACGAGCAAGUAUCACUUUCAAAAACCUCAAUGUAUCCGGCUCAGGCGCUGCUUUGCAACUCCAAAACACUGUUGGUUCCGUUUUGAUGGGUCCAUUGAAGCCCGCCGAUUUCUUUAGCUUUGCCCGGCCGAAAACACACAAGAAAAUUCUGCAAAACUUCGACGGUGUCGUGAAGAGUGGGGAGUUGUUGAUGGUUCUGGGACGCCCAGGCAGCGGUUGCUCAACUUUCUUGAAGACCCUGUCUGGGGAGCUGCACGGGCUCGAGCUCGAGAAAGAAUCGGUCAUUCACUAUAACGGUGUUCCCAUGAACAAAAUGCAUGCCGAAUUCAAAGGCGAGGUUCUGUACAACCAAGAAGUCGACAAGCAUUUCCCCCACUUGACGGUCGGCCAAACAUUGGAAUUUUCCUCUAGUGCACGAGCACCCUCGCAUCGUUUCCCAGGUCAAACUCGUGAGGAUUAUGUGAGAGAAAGUACCCAGGUUGCUAUGGCUAUCUUCGGCUUGUCCCACACCUACAAUACCAUUGUUGGUAAUGAUUAUGUGCGUGGAGUGUCUGGUGGUGAGCGGAAGCGUGUCAGCAUUGCUGAAAUGGUCCUGUCACGAGCACCAAUUGGUGCUUGGGAUAACAGCACUCGAGGUCUCGAUGCGGCAAGUGCCCUGGAAUUUGUCAAAGCUCUGCGAAUUUCAUCCAGUCUUGCGGGAGCCUGCCACAGUGUUGCCAUUUACCAGGCAUCGCAGGCCAUCUACGAUGUCUUUGACAAGGUGGUUGUUCUAUACCAAGGUCGCCAGAUAUACUUUGGUCCAUGUGACCAAGCCGAACAGUACUUCGUUGACAUGGGAUGGUCGAAGCCCUCCAGACAGACCACCGGCGAUUUCCUCACUUCCGUCACGAACCCUCAAGAGCGACAAGCCAGGGAUGGCAUGGAGAAGCAGGUUCCACGAACCCCGGACGAAUUCGAAAGGUAUUGGAAAAACAGUGCUCAGUACAAGUCCCUGAUGCAUGAAAUCGAACAGCACGAGGCAGAGCACCCAGUCGGGAGCGGAGCCGAAAAGGAUAUGGCCGAUAAAAAACACGAGCAGCAGGCAAAGCACGUUAGGCCUAGCAGCCCGUAUCUUAUGUCGAUACCUAUGCAAGUGCGCUUGUGUACCAAACGAGCCUACCAAAGACUAUGGAACGACAAGGCUACUACUCUGACAACAGUCAUUGGACGCCUGAUCCUUGCGUUGAUCAUUGGUUCUAUUUAUUAUGGUACACCAGCGGCAACAGCAGGUUUUCAAAGUAAAGGCGCUGCGAUCUUCUUUGCCGUCUUAUUGAAUGCACUCAUCAGUAUUACGGAGAUCAACUCGCUUUACGACCAACGUCCAAUUAUCGAGAAACAGGCAUCAUACGCAUUUGUACAUCCAUUUACAGAAGCUUUGGGCAGUCUUGUUGCCGACCUACCAAUCAAGUUUGUAGCUUCAGUAACAUUCAAUAUUGUGCUCUACUUCCUCGCUGGACUGCGGUACGAAGCGUCGCAAUUCUUCAUAUUCUUCCUAUUCACAUUCAUCUCUACUCUGGCCAUGUCUUCCAUUUUCCGGACCCUAGCUGCUGCAACAAAAAGUCUGGCUCAAGCCAUGGCUCUAGCUGGUGUCAUGGUCUUGGCCAUUGUUAUCUACACUGGUUUCGUGCUUCCAGGUCCCCAGAUGCAUCCUUGGUUUUCAUGGAUCCGGUGGAUCAACCCCGUUUUCUACGCCUUUGAGGCUCUCAUUGCAAAUGAAUUUCAUGGGCGCGAAUUCGGAUGUUCUAGCUUCGUCCCAGCUUACCCGAAUAUGUCCGGCAAUACGUUUGUUUGCUCUGCUUCUGGUUCAAUUGCAGGCCGAAUGACCGUCUCUGGUGAUACGUAUAUUGCAACUCAGUACGACUACUAUUACUCGCAUGAGUGGAGAAAUUUCGGUAUUUUGAUCGCAUUCUGGUUAUUCUUUCUAUUCACCUAUCUCAUUUUCACUGAAUUCAACUCGGCAACUUCGUCAACCGCUGAAUUCCUGGUUUUCCGCCGUGGACAUGUACCAGCAUACAUGACAAAAUCUGACAAUGAUGCCCAGAACGACGCUGUUGAAGCACCGCAAUCCCGAGGUAAAGAUGGCGCGAAAGAAGAAGAUUUGCAAGUCUUGCCAGAGCAACAUGACGUAUUUACGUGGCAAAACGUGUGCUAUGAUAUUCCAGUAAAGGGAGGCGAGCGUCGACUUUUGGACAAUGUUUCCGGAUGGGUCAAACCAGGAACACUGACAGCACUGAUGGGAGUAUCUGGGGCUGGUAAGACCACGUUACUCGAUGUUCUUGCGCAACGAGUCUCGAUCGGAGUUGUGACUGGAGACAUGCUGGUGAACGGAAAACCACUCGAUGCUAGCUUCCAGCGCAAAACAGGAUACGUCCAGCAGCAGGAUCUUCACCUGGAGACUAGUACUGUCCGAGAAGCACUGCGCUUUAGCGCGGUUUUGCGUCAGCCCAAGAGCACACCCAUAUCUGAGAAACACGCCUACGUCGAGGAGGUGAUUAAGAUGCUGAACAUGGAAGACUUUGCCGAGGCUGUUGUCGGAAUACCAGGCGAAGGUCUCAACGUCGAACAGCGCAAACUGUUGACCAUCGGGGUUGAGCUCGCUGCCAAACCUGCAUUGUUACUGUUUUUGGACGAACCUACCAGUGGCUUGGACUCUCAAAGUUCAUGGUCUAUCUGUGCCUUUUUGCGCAAGUUGGCAGACAACGGACAGGCCGUUUUGUCGACUAUCCACCAGCCCAGUGCAAUCCUCUUCCAGCAAUUCGACAGACUUUUGUUUUUGGCAAAGGGGGGAAGAACUGUGUAUUUUGGUGAUAUUGGUACCGAUUCAAAAACGUUGCUGGAUUAUUUCGAGAAGAACGGUGCUCGACCAUGUGAUUCUGCCGAGAAUCCUGCGGAAUACAUGCUUGAGAUCAUUGGCGCAGGUGCAUCCGGAAAAUCAACCCAAGACUGGCCUGCCGUUUGGCGAGAAUCAGAAGAGGCACAGGCCAUCCAAACUGAGCUCGGUCAAAUCCAUGACAAGCAUGCCGCUACAAGUUCUCAGCAAAAUGGCGUUUCCAAUGAUCAAAACACCAAGGCUUCUGCUUCCGCCGAAUCUUCUGAAUUUGCAAUGCCCUUUACAAGUCAGCUCUGGUACGUCACCGUGCGUGUGUUCCAGCAGUACUGGCGUGACCCUCAGUAUAUCUUUGCAAAGUUGAUCUUGGGACUUGCUUCGGCAUUGUUUAUUGGAUUUUCGUUCUUCAAGCCAAAUAGCAGUAUGCAGGGAUUCCAGGACGUGCUGUUCAGUACUUUCAUGAUGACAUCUAUCUUUUCGACACUUGUGCAGCAAAUCAUGCCCCGUUUCAUCCAACAACGAUCUUUAUAUGAAGUCCGCGAAAGGCCGUCCAAAGCCUAUUCUUGGGCUGCGUUCCUCAUUGCCAAUGUCGUUGUCGAAAUCCCGUACCAGGUCAUCCUCGGUAUCAUCGUGUGGGCAAGCUACUACUUCCCCAUUUACGGUGCAAACCAGGCGCGUGACCAACAGGGCGUAAUGCUUCUUUUCAUCAUUCAAUUCUUCAUCUUUGCGUCUACUUUUGCCGAUUUAGUGAUUGCGUCGAUGCCAAAUGCCGAGAUGGCCGGUACCAUUGCCACGUUUGCGUUCUCCCUGACGUUGACAUUCAACGGUGUCAUGCAGCCUCCGGACGCCUUGCCUGGAUUCUGGAUUUUCAUGUACCGUGUCUCUCCACUGACAUACCUUAUAUCGGGCAUGACGGGCAACGGCCUCAAUGGGCGACCGGUUGUUUGCUCUGGCGCCGAACUCAGCGUCUUUGAUCCACCCAGUGGCUUGACAUGCUUCGAAUAUAUGAAGGAUUACCUCGAAGUUGCACCGGGUCUUCUGUACAACGAUAAUGCGACGAGCGGCUGCAACUACUGCUCACUUCGCGACGCAAACCAAGUUUUGGCCGCGAGCAACAUCUAUCCUGACCAGAGAUGGCGCAAUUGGGGUAUUGGAUGGGCAUAUAUUGGAUUCAAUAUCUUUGGCGCCGUAGCAUUGUACUACGCAUUCCGUGUGCAACACUACAGUCCCACGUCCUUGGUUAGAGGAGUGCGGAACUGCGGAAGCUUUGUCGGACACAUGUUCAAGAGAAGCUCCGAGGCUCCAAAGGGCAGCAAGCCACAAGACGGGCGUGUUUUCUAG